AUUUAUUUACAUACCAUAGUAUCUGGGGUCUGAUCAAUUUGUGGUCGUCACCGCAGGGCAACGGUCGCGGUCGUUAUAGCGAAAUUAAGUGGUUUAUAAUUACAUAAAAAUGACAGACACAUUGGUUCUUCAAGAGGCUGCGUCAGCUCUCAAUGUGGAAGAGAAAGAAGAGGAUGGUGACGUCAUGGAGAAGAUUAUCCACCAUAUUGGAGAAAUGGGCACCUACCAGUUGUUGUUGGUUGUUUUCAUGUUGCCCUUCAUUGCCACCUGGGCCUUCAGCUACGCCGUGCCAAUGUUCAUUCUGGCAACACCCCAGGAACAUUGGUGCAAGGUGCCGGAGUUACAGAAUCUUACAUUGGAAAUGAGACGAAAUCUGUCUAUCCCUUUCACGGACGAGCCGCCAGGGUGGGACCGCUGUCAGAUGUUCGCCGCGAACUACACUGAAGUGCUGGCCACGCUCACUCGCCCCGCCAACGACACGCCCCUCAUACCCUGCAGGAACGGAUGGGAGUUCCUCUUCAACGACAUCCCUUACUCAACUAUUAUCAACGAGCGUGAAUGGGUAUGCGAGCGCGCGUCUUACGCCCCGUUUUCCCAGUCCAUGUACUUCGCGGGGUCUCUGCUGGGGGUGACCUUCUUCGGUUGGCUCGGCGAUACGUACGGUCGGCUACCAGCUUUUAUUGGAGCUAAUAUAAUGGGUCUCAUUGGGAACAUAGCUACAAUAUUCACCGUGGGCCGGUGGGAUUUUGCAAUCGCUCGGCUGGUGGCAGGCACGGCCAACGACGCCUGUUACCUGAUGAUGUACUUAAUAAUAUUGGAAUUCAUCGGUUCCCGUCACCGUACGUGGGUGUCGAGCGCGGCCGGUGUCCUGGGUGGGGCGGGGCCUCUCAUGCUGACUCCAGUGCUGGCGCUGUGGCUGAAGAACUGGAGAACGGUGGUGGUGGCGACCACAGCACCCGGCUUAUUGGCACUGGUGACACCUUGGAUCGUUCCUGAGAGUGUGCGAUGGCUGGCAUCGAAUGGCAAAGUAAACAGAGCUGUAGCGAUAUUGAAGCGGUUCGAGCGAAUCAACAAGAAGGAGAUACCAGAAGAUGUUCUCAAUGAGUUUAUUAUAUCCUCAAACAAUAAGCGAAUGACGGACGAAUCCCUCCUGGCUUUGCUCCGGAGUCCGAAGCUCAGGAAAUGCGUGAUAGUCCUCAUUGUAGUGACGAUAGUCGGCGGGGUGGGGAUAGACGCAGUCGUCAGAAUGUCGGAGAGUAUUGGAUCAGAUUUCUUCGUCACAUUCGCUAUUUCGUCAUUCGCCGAAGUGCCCGCUUUGGCUCUGAUCACGGUUACUCUCGACAGGUUUGGUCGUCGAGCGGUCAUCGCGACGACGCUGGCUAUUGGGAGCGUGUUCUCAUUUAUCUGUGCCUUCGUGCCACGUGGAUUGACCCAAGCGUUAAUAGCGGUCACCGUCCGCCUGUUCGUGAACAUGGCUAUCAGCGGCUCCGCGCAGCUCGCCCCGGAACUCCUGCCCACGCCGGUGCGCUCCAGCGGGAACUCCUUCAUACACGUCACCGCGUAUAUGGCUACUAUCUUGUCGCCUUUCAUCGUCUACUCGAGCACAAUAUGGCUUCCUAUGCCGUUAGUGACCAUCGGAGUGCUGAGUUCUGUGGGAGCGUUGUGUUCGCUGCUGUUACCGGAGACUAAGGGACAACCCAUGCCUCAGACCAUUAUGGACGGGGAACGACUGGUCGCGGCGAAUAUGCUAUGCGGGAAAGCAGAAUUUGACGAUGAACCCGAAGAACUACCUACUCUCAAAGAGAAAAUAUGAUUUGAAACCUGAACUUGAAACCUAAGAAGACUGAUUGAAAAUAUUUAUUAAACAGUCAUGACUAUUUUUAUAUACUUAACAUAGAUGUAAUAGGAACUUUUGUGAUAAAUAGAUG